AAUAUAAAAAAUUAGACUCUAAAUCCGAUCAAUUUAAUUCCAUUUCUAAAGGAAUAAUAGACAAUGCUGCAUUAAACAAAAUUUCUUUCUGUUCUAAAUAUAAUCAUCUUCCUAUUUCUAGAAGAACAAUGAACAAUAUUUCUUUCAAUUCUAAAUUUAAUCAAUCAUAUAAAAAUUAUAGAAAAACAUUAUUCUAUUUUCAAUCAAAUAACGAUAAUUUAUUUCAAUAUGAAGUUUAUAAAAUAAUAGAAAAAGUUUCGCUUUCUAUUCAUCACAAUUAUCAAUUUUACAACCAUUCUUUGCCAAUUCCAAAUGAGAAACAUAUAGGUUUGCAUUACCGUGAUUAUAGUUCUAUGGAUAUCGAAAGUUUAUAUUCCCAAGUUAAAUUACGAUAUUGUUCAAAACAAGCCCUAAUGAUCAAUUAUAAUGAUCCUACUUCUGAAGCUAUUGACCAAUCAGAAUCAGUUGCCAAGUUGAAAAAUAAUUGUGUCGAAAUACCA